AUGGAGAAGGUCAAAUAUCUCCUAUUUAUGCUAGUUCAUUCGGUCCACUCAUAUACAAGAUACGCACAACCACUCACGCUACCUGAAACGAAUAAAGAUAAUGUUUACGUUUUUGACGUCGUCGUGGAACGGAUACUCACGAUGACUUCACACAAGACGGAUCAGUGGCGACAUGGAACACCAGUAGAUUACUCUGCAGACUUGGGUAUAUGGACGAAACGGGAGCCGGACCAGUUGAAAGGUUGCUUCGACAACUAUACUCUUCGUCCUCAAACCAACAACGCCGAUGCGGUUAUGCUGGAUGACGUGGUGAUUCUCGACGGAAAGCACAAGAGAGUGUAUGCAAUCAACGGAAAGACACCUGGUGAGACAAUCGUUGUUCCCUACAAGGCGGAGGUGUUGCUUCGGGUUCACAACAAGGUGCUCAUGGAUGCUAUCUCUCUUCACGUGCAUGGAAUCGACAAACAAGAUCUGUGGUAUAUGGAUGGUGUGGCGUUUAUACAGCAAUGUCCUAUUCAAAGUACAAAUUAUUUUGAGUAUCGAUUCAUUGCGGACAACAAAGGCACCCACUGGUACCACGGUCAUUUUCAAGCUGACAGAGGGGAGGGCCUAUUAGGAGGUUUUGUUGUUGUCGACCCUAUGAACCGAGCGGUUCCUAUGGACGAGCACGGUACGCGUGAAAUUCCGAACAGGGAGUACUUCAUCAUGCUACAGGAUUGGCCUACUGAAUCGUCCGAAGAGGCGUACAUGAUGUUGGCUGACAAGACCAUGAAGUGGAUGUACGGCUACGACAAUAAUGAAAAGUGUUGGCAACCAACUAGAACUUUAGAUGGAGGAAACAUCGGUGGAGCAGUACCAAUUUCUGCAUUGCUAAUCAACGACAAAGGUUGGCAUGAUAGAGAGGAUAUUUUAACAAGACCAUGGAACCUGCCGGUAGAGAGGUUCUUGGUUAAAAAAGGCGAAUCAGUGUUGUUCCGUAUAACAAACGGUGGAGUAGCACAAGAACUUAUGCUUCACAUCGAAGGACAUUCUCUUCUGGUGGUCGCUGCUGAUGGAGAUGACUGCGCUCCGAAGCAGGUGGACCGGCUUGUAAUCUUCCCUGGCGAGCGUUACGAUGUCGUCGUGCGUGGCCUAACGGAUCCAUCUAAGAAAAGCUACAUGUUAGUAGUUGAGACGGUGCAAUACUACUACUUCGACUGGACGCGAGUAGAUACAGACUAUGGAGUUGCUUUCGUGGAGUACGAAGAUGCGAAUAUGGUUGAGGAAAAAUCCAAGCCAACGUUCACCGACUCUCCUGGAUGCACUCCAACGAAGAAAUGUACCGUGUUGAAUUGUCCGUUUGAGAAUUACCCUUCCAACCACAACUUCACCUGCAUUUCUUUUGAUGAGCUUCGUUAUCCAAAGCCAGAAGAGAUUGAUCCUGAAAUUUUGAAGGAUACACCAUUCACAAGCGGAUAUGAGGAGCAUUUUAUCAACAUGCACUUUGACUCUCAUGUAGACGGUUUCAAAUUCGAAUUUCCUAAAGGCAUGCCCUACUACAACAAGGAUAGAAUGGCGCUUAUUUCAAAGGACUGCGGCACUGUCGACUGUCCCUAUGCAGCGAACAAAUACGACAAGAAUUGCAAUUGUUUUUAUUACAAAAAACACAAGCUCAACAACAUCGUUCAGAUUACCUUGUACAACUUGGGGACCGGUGGCGGAUUCGCGACUGGCUACGCGCACCCAUUUCACAUCCACGGAACACACUUCCACGUCAUGAAGGUUGGUUGGCCGACGUACAAUGCAAGCGGGAUGAUAUCAAAACUUAAUCCUGACAUUGAAUGUGCAGGACCUGAGGCGACCUGCGAUGGGGCAGUUUGGAGAAAUCAAAGUUGGAUGAAUGGAGCAGUGUUAGGAAUGAACACCGUAGAUCCUUCUCUCAGAGAUACUAUUACUCUCCCUGUCGGCGGUUACAUUGUUAUGCGAUUCCGUGCCAAAAAUCCUGGCUGGUGGUUCGCUCAUUGCCAUCUCGAGUUGCAUGCCAUGAGCGGCACUGCGUAUGCGUUCCAGGUCGGAGAAGAUAACGAAAUCGCAUCGCCUCCAGCGAAUUUUCCUCAUGACUGCGGGUAUUUUAGCAUGCAUGCUCUCUAUUCGUCAAGGAAAACUUCGAUGUCCUCCACGUCAGCGACAGGAGCUUUGAAUAUUUUGUUCAUUUCCAUUGUGGCAAUGUUAGUGACAUCCGUUUCAUCCAGCUAA